AUGAGUCCGCCGCGGUCAACCAGUGGAAUCAACGACGGAAUUCUUCAAAGGUGGAAGAGGGAGGAUUCUCUCAAGAGAGGCUCAUUAGGAUUGAGAGGAGUUGCUCUAUUUUUCUCUUUGACUUCCUUCCUCCUCAUGGCAAGUAAUAACCAUGGCAACUGGCAACAUUUUGACAUGUUUCAAGAAUACAGGUAUUUGCUUGCGGUAGCACUAGUGUCUAGUUUAUACACUGGAGGGCAAGUGUAUCGUCAAAUUCAUGAACUUUCAAGUGGGAAUAAUUUGUUUAGGCCUACCACUGCAGCUUUGAUUGAUUUUCUUGGAGAUCAAGUGAUGGCAUAUUUGUUGAUAUCAUCAGCAUCAACAUCAAUUCCUGUAACAGAUAGAAUGAGAGAACAUGGAGAUACUCUAUUUACAGACUCAUCAGCUGCAACCAUUACUAUGGCUUUUUUUGCCUUUCUAUUUCUAGCACUAUCAUCCAUCAUAUCAGGAUACAAAUUAUCAGCCCAAACUUAG